GUGUAAUCAUGAUUGGAAGUUGCUGACUGCACGAUAAUCUGUUAUGAGACGUGCAUCUCAUAUAAAAGGUCUCCUACUCUUCGCUCUACUCGCAAUAUUUCUCAGACUGCUACCACUGCCGAUACACUCGCGAAUUCUGACCGGAUUUCUCCCAAGGAUCAUGCUGAACACCAUCCCAACUACUGAGGCUGGGUGGCGGGCUUCCCUUGACGCUCUUCCUGCUACCCCCGACAAUAUCCCCGCGUUUUUCUUCGCCCAUGGAUCCCCGAUGCUUGCAUAUCCCAACAGCAGCACAACUACCUCUGCCCGCGCUGGAAUCCAAGCAUGGCAGGGUCCGACCGGACCGCUCGCUAACUUCCUCCGAGAUUUUGGUCCGACAUUGUUGAAGAAGUACAAUCCAAAGGGUAUAGUGGUAUUCAGCGCCCACUGGGAAACACUGGGGGAAAGGCUGGUCACAGACUACGGAGAUGAGAAUCCUCUCUUGAUGGACUAUUACGGAUUCCCGGAAGCACUUUAUCAGUUAAAAUUCAAGUCUCGGGGGGACUCGACGUUGACCAAGAGGGUGGUACAGCUUUUCAAAGACGCUGGGUACCUGACACGUACUACGACGAAACUGGAGCCGAGAGGCGAAGAUGGAAGAGGGUUCCCCGGGCCUGGCCUUGACCACGGGGUUUUCGUCCCGUUCCGUAUUAUGUUUGGAGAAGAAUUCACCGAUCUUCCCAUCGUGCAAGCAUCUAUCGACGCUAGUAUGAGCCCUGAAGGUAAUUGGAAGAUCGGCAAAGCAGUAGCAGAACUCAGGAAAGACGGUAUCCUAGUCCUUGCUGGCGGACUUCCGAUACACAACCUGCGGGAUUUUUCUUGUUUUCACCCUGAUACGGCCCAACCCCUAUAUCACGAAUUUCACAAAGCAAUCGUCGAUGCUGUACAAAUACCUGAGGACGAAUCGCGUAAGCGUGCACUGAUGGCUCUCACUGCGCACCGCGGUUUUCGGCUCGCAAAUCCCAGAGAAGAUCACUUUGUACCGUUAUACGUGGCGGCAGGGGCAGGUGAACAAGGUCGGGUUUCGGUUUUGAAUGGCUUGUUUGGUAUGGCUACAGUUGCAUUUGGACUAUGAACCAUGGAUGAUGGAAAUUGUUACAUCGACUUCAGUAACCAUUUUACG